AUGUCAUCGUGGCUGGGUGGAUUGGGCUCCGGCCUGGGCCAGUCUCUCGGCCAGGUCGGAGGAAGCCUCUCCUCAUUCACCGGACAAAUAUCCACCUUCACCAAAGAUAUGCUUCUGGAAGGAGUUGAAGAAGUCGGAGGUGAGUGAAAUCAUAUGGCAGAAGCUACCUACGGUAGGUACCCCCAGUAACAGCCAGCAGGGCACUCAAGUCAGCAGGAAAGUAAUAGCUAGAAGCGGUUUCAGUUCUCUACAUCAGUGGCUCUCGCAUCUCUCCUCGGGGACCCCCAGCUGUUCCAUGUGUUUAAAUAUAUUCCAGAGUUAGCAGACCUGAUUCAACUCGUCAACUAAUCUUCAAGCCCUUGGCUAGGUGAAUCAGCUGAGCUAGUUCAGGGUUACAACAAAACUGAAACCUCUGGGAGAGGAGAGGUUUGAGAAGCACUGUGCUACAUGCCAUGUUGCUUGUUGGUUAUUCUAUAACCGGACUACAGUAUGCCUAAUCAAGAGGGCUUUCUAUUUGAGCUGUGAUCAGAUUCCAAGAUUGCAAUAUGAGCAUACCAUAUCAGCACCAACCAAAACAUAAACCAUGGAGAAAAUGCAUCUCGGUAGAGGCCUACAUUUUAACAUGCGAAUAGUAUUUGAUUUCUUAUAUAUAUAUAUAUAUAUAAGAGAGAGAGAGCGAGAGAACCACAAAUACAAAUUCCAUCUAGACACCGUUGCCCUAGAGCACACAAAAAACUAUACAUACCUCGGCCUAAACAUCAGCGCCACAGGUAACUUUCACAAAGCUGUGAACGAUCUGAGAGACAAGGCAAGAAGGGCCUUCUAUGCCAUCAAAAGGAACAUAACAUUCGACAUACCAAUUAGGAUCUGGCUAUAAAUACUUGAAUCAGUUAUAGAACCCAUUGCCCUUUAUGGUUGUGAGGUCUGGGGUCCGCUCACCAACCAAGAAUUCACAAAAUGGGACAAACACCAAAUUGAGACUCUGCAUGCAGAAUUCUGCAAAAAUAUCCUCUGUGUACAACGAAAAACACCAAUUAAUGCAUGCAGAGCAGAAUUAGGCCGAUACCCGCUAAUGAUCAAAAUCCAGAAAAGAGCUGUUAAAUUCUAUAACCACUUAAAAGGAAGCGAUUCCCAAACCUUCCAUAACAAAGCCAUCACCUACAGAGAGAUGAACUUGGAGAAGAGUCCCGUAAGUAAGCUGGUCCUGGGGCUCUGUUCACAAACACAAACAGACCCCACAGAACCCCAGGACAACAACAACAACAAAAUUAGACCCAACCAAAUCAUGAGAAAACAAAAAGAGAAUUACUUGACACAUUGGAAAGAAUUAACAAAAAAACAGAGCAAACUAGAAUGCUAUUUGGCCCUAAAAAGAGAGUACACAGUGGCAGAAUACCUGACCACUGUGACUGACCCAAACUUAAGGAAAGCUUUGACUAUGUACAGACUCAGUGAGCAUAGCCGUGCUAUUGAGAAAGGCUGCCGUAGGCAGACCUGGCUCUCAAGAGAAGAGAGGCUAUGUGAUUUUUAUUUGGAUUUCAUGUAAUGGACAUACACAAAAUAGUCCAAAUUGGUGAAGUGAAAUGAAAAAAAUAACUUCUUUCAAAAAAAUUCAUAACAGGAAAGUGGUGCGUGCAUAUGUAUUCACCCCCUUUGCUAUGAAGCCCCUAAAUAAGAUCUGGUGCAACCAAUUACCUUCAGAAGUCACAUAAUUAGUUAAAUAAAGUCCACCUGUGUGCAAUCUAAGUGUCACAUGAUAUGAGUGAAAGGCCCCAGAGUCUGCAACACCACUAAGCAAGGGGCACCACCAAGCAAGCGGCACCAUGAAGACCAAGGAUCUCUCCAAACAGGUCAGGGACAAAGAUGUGGAGAAGUACAGAUCAUGGUUGGGUUAUAAGAAAAUAUCAGUAACUUUGAACAUCCCACGGAGCACCAUUAAAUCCAUUAUUAAAAAAUUGAAAGAAAUGGCACCACAACAAACCUGCCAAGAGAGGGCUGCCCACCAAAACUCAUAGACCAGGCAAGGAGGGCAUUAAUCAGAGAGGCAACAAAGAGACCAAAGAUAACCCUGAAGGAGCUGCAAAGCUCCACAGCGGAAAUUGGAGUAUCUGUCCAUAGGACCACUUUAAGCCGUACACUCCACAGAGCUGGGCUUUACGGAAGAGUGGCCAGAAAAAAAGCCAUUGCUUAAAGAAAAAAAUAAGCAAACAUGUUUGGUGUUCGCCAAAAGCCAUGUGGGAGACUCCCCAAACAUAUGGAAGAAGGUACUCUGGUCAGAUGAAACUAAAAUUGAGCUUUUGGGCCAUCAAGGAAAACGCUAUGUCUGGCACAAACGUUGUAGAAUAAUAGUGAAGACAUCAAAACUAUGAAAUAACACAUAUGGAAUCAUGUAGUAACCAAAAAAGUGUUCAACAAAUCAAAGUAUAUUUUAUAUUUGAGAUUCUUCAAAUAGCCAGCCUUUGCCUUGAUGACAGCUUUGCACACUCUUGGCAUUCUCUCAACCAGCUUCAUGAGGUAGUCACCUGGAAUGCAUUUCAAUUAACAGGUGUGCCUAUUUAAAGUUAAUUUGUGGAAUUUCUUUCCUUCUUAAUGUGUUUGAGCCAAUCAGUUGUGUUGUGACAAGGUAGGGGGGUUAUACAGAAGAUAGCCCUAUUUGGUAAAAGACCAAGUCCAUAUUAUGGCAAGAACAGCUCAAAUAAACAAAGAGAAAUGACAGUCCAUUAUUACUUUAAGACAUGAAGGUCAGUCAAUACCGAAAAUUUCAUAAACUUUUAAAGUUUCUUCAAGUGCAGUCGCAAAAACCAUCAAGCGCUAUGAUGAAACUGGCUCUCAUGAGGACCGCCACAGGAAUGGAAGACCCAGAGUUACCUCUGCUGCAGAGGAUAAGUUCAUUAGAGUUACCAGCCUCAGAAAUUGCAGCCCAAAUAAAUGCUUCACAGAGUUCAAGUAACAGACACAUCUCAACAUCAACUCUUCAGAGGAGACUGUGUGAAUCAGGCCUUCAUGGUCGAAUUGCUGCAAAGAAACCACUACUAAAGGACACCAAUAAUAAGAAGAGACUUGCUUGGGCCAAGAAACACGAGCAAUGGACAUUAGAACGGUGGAAAUUUGUCCUUUUGGUCUGGAGUACAAAUUGGAGAUUUUUGGUUCCAACCGCCGUUUCUUUGUGAGACGCGGUGUGGGUGAAUGGAUGAUCUCCGCAUGUGUAUUUCCCACCGUAAAGCAUGGAGGAGGAGGUAUUAUGGUGUGGGGGUGCUUUGCUGGUGACACUGUGAUUUAUUUAGAAUUCAAGGCACUCUUAACCUGCAUGGCUACCACAGCAUUCUGCAGCGAUACGCCAUCCCAUCUGGUUUGGGCUUAGUGGGACUAUCAUUUGUUUUUCAACAGGACAAUGACCCAACACACCUCCAGGCUGUGUAAGGGGUAUUUUACCAAGAAGGAGAGUGAUGGAGUGCUGCAUCAGAUGACCUGGCCUCCACGAUUCCCUGACCUCAACCAAAUUGAGAUGGUUUGGGAUGAGUCGGACGGCAGAGUGAAGGAAAAGCAGCCAGCAAGUGCUCACAAUAUGUGGGAACUCCUUCAAGACUGUUGGAAAAGCAUUCCAGGUGAAGCUGGUUGAGAGAAUGCCAAGAGUGUGCAAAGUUGUCAAGGCAAAGGGUGGCUAUUUUGAAGAAUCUCAAAUAUAAAAUAUAUUUAGAUUUGUUUAACACUUUUUUGGUUACUACAUGAUUCCAUAUGUGUUAUUUCAUAGUGUGGAUGUCUUCACUAUUAUUCUACAAUGUAUAAAAUAGUAAAAAUAAAGAAAAACCCUGGAAUGAGUAGGUGUGUCCAAACUUUUGACUGUGUGAAUCAGGCCUUCAUGGUCGAAUUGCUGCAAAGAAACCACUACUAAAAGGACAGCCGUUUUUUUCCAAGAGAUUUCUGUCUCCAUACUUUAGUGUGUGGACGCUUUCAUUAGUCCACUAAUGUUGUCAAGAAAGAGUGCUGCUGCCAUAAGUAAACCAGGUUUGACUGAUAAACUUGUGACAGACGGAAACCACAGAGAACUUGGAUCACUACAUUCCAACAGACAUAUACUGUACGCAAAGCAAGAUUAGGCAUGACUGAUGUCAGUAGCUCAGGGAGGGCUGUUUCAGUUCUGACAUCAAUGCACAGCCUACAGUACAUUUUUAAAUAAAAUAAGUAUAUUACGUAACUAUUGAGAACUUAGGCUAAUUGGACUGAGAUUAGUUAGAAAGUCUAUUUUUGUUUGUGGGAUCGUGUAGAGAGUGCUGGUGAAGGCAUGUUUGUUUGCCUUAGAAUGUUGUUUUGUCAUGUGAAUUACUUUUAAGGAGAUCUCUUUAUAUGUGUCACAUGUAGUUGACAACCCUGGUAGAGCCUCAUAGCUGCCGGAUAAAUGAAAUACCUCAUCUCCUUCCAGACAAUAUCAGAUUCCCUCGGAAUGACAGUAGCCUAUUUGAAAGGCACAGAAAUCAAUAUUAUAUCAGUGUUUCCGGCCGUAACGGCAGUAAAUGAAGAUAGUUGCUAAGCGAAGAUGCAUAUCUGGUGAGUAAUUAACACAUUUAGACAUUAUAACGCUUGCAGAGCUGUCUAAUGGGAGUUUAAUCUAGGUUCAGGACUGUUGAUGCCACCAUGGACUGUAAGUUAGGUUCAGGACUGUUACUGCCACCAUGGACUGUAAGCUAGGUUCAGGACUGUUACUGCCACCAUGGACUGUAAGUUAGGUUCAGGACUGUUACUGCCACCAUGGACUGUAAGCUAGGUUCAGGACUGUUACUGCCACCAUGGACUGUAAGCUAGGUUCAGGACUGUUACUGCCACCAUGGACUGUAAGCUAGGUUCAGGACUGUUACUGCCACCAUGGACUGUAAGCUAGGUUCAGGACUGUUACUGCCACCAUGGACUGUAAGCUAGGUUCAGGACUGUUACUGCCACCAUGGACUGUAAGCUAGGUUCAGGACUGUUACUGCCACCAUGGACUGUAAGCUAGGUUCAGGACUGUUACUGCCACCAUGGACUGUAAGCUAGGUUCAGGACUGUUACUGCCACCAUGGUCAGAAUGCAAAUGAGGAGAUGGAGCAGGAUCCAGGUUUAGGGGGAGUUAUUACACACACAGUUGAACACUGGAACGAACAGAGCACAUGGGGGAGGGUUUUUGAUGGAGGUUAGGAUGAGGUUAGGAGUUGUGGCUUGUAAGGCCUGUAGGAAGCCAGGAAGGAUGAGGUUAGGAUGAGGUUAGGAUGAGGUGGUCUACAAGGGAGAUACAAAAGGGAAACAUUAGGAACACGUCGCAUAAAGGUGCAGACUUGACGAACUAGUGCCAUGUAACUAUGGGGAUAAUAUGGGUUUAAUAUACUGUAACUACACACGUAGGAGACUGCCAGGAGAAACAACUUUCUGCCAGAGUAUUUAGCAUCAUUACCAACUGAGGGCAUGGAUAUACAGUGGGGGAAAAAAGUAUUUAGUCAGCCACCAAUUGUGCAAGUUCUCCCACUUAAAAAGAUGAGAGAGGCCUGUAAUUUUCAUCAUAGGUACACGUCAACUAUGACAGACAAAUUGAGGAAAAAAAAUCCAGAAAAUCACAUUGUAGGAUAUUUAAUGAAUUUAUUUGCAAAUUAUGGUGGAAAAUAAGUAUUUGGUCAAUAACAAAAGUUUCUCAAUACUUUGUUAUAUACCCUUUGUUGGCAAUGACACAGGUCAAAUGUUUUCUGUAAGUCUUCACAAGGUUUUCACACACUGUUGCUGGUAUUUUGGCCCAUUCCUCCAUGCAGAUCUCCUCUAGAGUAGUGAUGUUUUGGGGCUGUCGCUGGGCAACACGGACUUUCAACUCCCUCCAAAGAUUUUCUAUGGGAUUGAGAUCUGGAGACUGGCUAGGCCACUCCAGGACCUUGAAAUGCUUCUUACGAAGCCAAUCCUUCGUUGCCCGGGCGGUGUGUUUGGGAUCAUUGUCAUGCUGAAAGACCCAGCCACGUUUCAUCUUCAAUGCUCUUGCUGAUGGAAGGAGGUUUUCACUCAAAAUCUCACGAUACAUGGCCCCAUUAAUUAUUUCCUUUACACGGAUCAGUCGUCCUGGUCCCUUUGCAGAAAAACAGCCCCAAAGCAUGAUGUUUCCACCCCCAUGCUUCACAGUAGGUAUGGUGUUCUUUGGAUGCAACUCAGCAUUCUUUGUCCUCCAAACAUGACGAGUUGAGUUUUUACCAAAAAGUUCUAUUUUGGUUUCAUCUGACCAUAUGACAUUCUCCCAAUCCUCUUCUGGAUCAUCCAAAUGCACUCUAGCAAACUUCAGACGGGCCUGGACAUGUACUGGCUGAAGCAGGGGGACACGUCUGGCACUGCAGGAUUUGAGUCCCUGGCGGCGUAGUGUGUUACUGAUGGUAGGCUUUGUUACUUUGGUCCCAGCUCUCUGCAGGUCAUUCACCAGGUCCCACCAUGUGGUUCUGGGAUUUUUGCUCACCGUUCUUGUGAUCAUUUUGACCCCACGGGGUGAGAUCUUGCGUGGAGCCCCAGAUCGAGGGAGAUUAUCAGUGGUCUUGUAUGUCUUCCAUUUCCUAAUAAUUGCUCCCACAGUUGAUUUUUUCAAACCAAGCUGCUUACCUAUUACAGAUUCAGUCUUCCCAGCCUGGUGCAGGUCUACAAUUUUGUUUCUGGUGUCCUUUGACAGCUCUUUGGUCUUGGCCAUAGUGGAGUUUGGAGUGUGACUGUUUGAGGUUGUGGACAGGUGUCUUUUAUACUGAUAACAAGUUCAAACAGGUGCCAUUAAUACAGGUAACGAGUGGAGGACAGAGGAGCCUCUUGAAGAAGAAGUUACAGGUCUGUGAGAGCCAGAAAUCUUGCUUGUUUGUAGGUGACCAAAUACUUAUUUUCCACCAUAAUUUGCAAAUAAAUUCAUAAAAAAUCCUACAAUGUGAUUUUCUGGAUUUUUUUUCCUCAAUUUGUCUGUCAUAGUUGACGUGUACCUAUGAUGAAAAUUACAGGCCUCUCUCAUCUUUUUAAGUGGGAGAACUUGCACAAUUGGUGGCUGACUAAAUACUUUUUUUCCCCACUGUACAUUCUGCAAACGGGAUCAUAACAGAGCGCACUUGCAUCAUCCUAUCACGCGCAGUCGGAGGAGGAAGGAUAGGGCCGCCCCAUCACAAAGCAUGAACUGAAAUGGUCCCGGUUUCCCUAAAAGCAUUUUUAAGACUAAGUUAAUCGUUAGAACCUACAGACCCCCCCCCCGGUUCGAUUCCAGGCUGUAUUCGAAACCGGCCGUGAUUGGGAGUCCCACAGGGCGGCGCGCAAUUGGCCCAGCGUCGUCCGGGAUUGGCCCGGGGGGGUAGGCCGUCAUUGUAAAUAACAAUUUGUUAUUAACUGACUUGCCUAGUUAAAUAAAGAUUACAAAUUAAAAAUGUUGCACUUGAAAAAGCUUGAAAUCCAACGCCUGCCUCAGACCACGCGUAGAAGCUAAGAGCGUUGUUAGAUGCUUUUUUGCCCUCCGCAUCACUUUAUACACAGAUCUCCCCUAAACAUUGAAUCACAUGGUUUAUCCCGUCUCUUCGUUACGCUGAUAACUUCAGAAAAAAAAGUUGACUACAAAUACAAAGUUGCCAAUGUCUUUGCAAUUGUUACAAACAAGCGACAUACAGUGGGGAGAACAAGUAUUUGAUACACUGCCGAUUUUGCAGGUUUUCCUACUUACAAAGCAUGUAGAGGUCUGUAAUUUUUGUCAUAGGUACACUUCAACUGUGAGAGACGGAAUCUAAAACAAAAAUCCAGAAAAUCACAUUGUAUGAUUUUUAAGUAAUUCAUUUGCAUUUUAUUGCAUGACAUAAGUAUUUGAUCACCUACCAACCAGUAAGAAUUCCGGCUCUCACAGACCUGUUCGUUUUUCUUUAAGAAGCCCUCCUGUUCUCCACUCAAUACCUGUAUUAACUGCACCUGUUUGAACUCGUUACCUGUAUAAAAGACACCUGUCCACACACUCAAUCAAACAGACUCCAACCUCUCCACAAUGGCCAAGACCAGAGAGCUGUGUAAGGACAUCAGGGAUAAAAUUGUAGACCUGCACAAGGCUGGGAUGGGCUACAGGACAAUAGGCAAGCAGCUUGGUGAGAAGGCAACAACUGUUGGCGCAAUUAUUAGAAAAUGGAAGAAGUUCAAGAUGACGGUCAAUCACCCUCGGUCUGGGGCUCCAUGCAAGAUCUCACCUCGUGGGGCAUCAAUGAUCAUGAGGAAGGUGAGGGAUCAGCCCAGAACUACACGGCAGGACUUGGCCAAAGUCCUGAAGAGAGCUGGGACCACAGUCUCAAAGAAAACCAUUAGUAACACACUACCUAUGAUAAAAAAUUACGGACCUCUACAUGCUUUGUAAGUAGGAAAUCCUGCAAAAUCGGCAGUGUAUCAAAUACCUGUUCUCAUUUUACAUUACAUUUUAGUCAUUUAGCAGACGCUCUUAACCAGAGCGACUUACAGGAGCAAUUAGGGUUAAGUGCCUUGCUCAAGGGCACAUUAACGUCAUUUAGCAGACGCUCUUAGCCAGAGCGACUCACAAAUUGGUGCGUUCACCCUAUAGCCAGUGGGAUAACCACUUUACAAUUUGGGGGGGGGGGGGGGGGUUAGAAGGAAUACUUUAGCCUAUCCCAGGUAUUCCUUAAAGAGGUGGGGUUUCAAAUGUCUCCGGAAGGUGGUGAGUGACUCCGCUGUCCUGGCGUCGUGAGGGAGCUUGUUCCACCAUUGGGGUGCCAGAGCAGCGAACAGUUUUGACUGGGCUGAGGGGGAGCUGUGCUUCCGCAGAGGAAGGGGAGCCAGCAGGCCAGAGGUGGAUGAACGCAAUGUCCUCGUUUGGGUGUAGGGACUGAUCAGAGCCUGAAGGUACAGGGGUGCCGUUCCCCUCACUGCUCCAAAGGCAAGCACCAUGGUCUUGUAGCGGAUGCGAGCUUCAAUUGGAAGCCAGUGGAGUGUGCGGAGGAGGGGGGGUGACGUGAGAGAACUUGGGAAGGUUGAACACCAGACGGGCUGCGGCAUUCUGGAUGAGUUGUAGGGGUUUAAUGGCACAGGCAGGGAGCCCAGCCAACAGCGAGUUGCAGUAGUCCAGACGGGAGAUGACAAGUGCCUGGACCAGGACCUGCGCCGCUUCCUGUGUAAGGCAGGGUCGCACUCUCCGAAUGUUGUAGAGCAUGAACCUGCAGGAGCGGGUCACCGCCUUGAUGUUGGCGGAGAACGACAGGGUGUUGUCCAGGGUCACGCCUAGGCUCUUCGCACUCUGGGAGGAGGACACAGCGGAGUUGUCUACCGUGAUGGCGAGAUCAUGGAACGGGCAGUCCUUCCCGGGGAGGAAGAGCAGCUCCGUCUUGCCAGGGUUCAGCUUGAGGUGGUGAUCCGUCAUCCAUACUGAUAUGUCUGCCAGACAUGCAGACAUUCUCCCCACUGUAUGAAAUGAUGCUUCAUACAGUGGGGAGAAAACCGAGAUGACUGCGUUAAAAUAUCAACAGUAGGCUAUAGGCCUAUUUUAAAUCAUAUUGAAAUACAUUUCAUGUUCAAUCAAUGGAGUUCUAUUUUGCUACUUGUAGGCUACUGUCUGUAAUUUGUCUCAAUAUAUUUCAUGAUGUGUAGCCUAACGUGUGCGUAAUGAUGUGCCAAAUCAGGGAUUUUUAUGAAUUUUAUUUGGGCGUAAGGCAUUAGAAUAAGCCGCCUCAAUAUUUGCAUCGGUAGGUGGUAAUAUCUCUCUAGGAGCUGAUCCGUCCUCAGUAUUGGUAAAUAAUUAUAACGUUAAGGAACGAUUUGAAUGGAGAAAGCUGCUCCGAGAGCAGCGCUCCCUUUCUUUCGAGCCUAUCAGUAUCGACACUUGCUCCAACUACGCACUUAGCAACCGUUCUCUCUGCGUGCGUGGUGUUUGGUAAUAAAGCGUGUUACAUCUUCGGCCGUUGUAGGAAAGAUGCAUCGUUAAAAACACUCGUUAAGUUCCAUCGCUAUCGGGAAACCGGGCCUUGGUAAGUAGGGAAGGAGCAUGCAGCUUAUAUGGGGAUUAAAAGGGGUGAAGAAGGGAGGGGAGUGGGAACAGGGGAGUGGGAACAGGGGAGUGGGAACAGGGGAGUGGGAACAGGGGAGUGGGAACAGGGAGUGGGAACAGGGGAGUGGGAACAGGGGAGUGGGGAGUGGGAACAGGGGAGUGGGAACAGGGGAGUGGGAACAGGGGAGUGGGAACAGGGGAGUGGGAACAGGGGAGUGAUAACAGGGGAGUGGGAACAGGGGAGUGGGAACAGGGGAGUGGGAACAGGGGAGUGGGAACAGGGGAGUGGGAACAGGGGAGUGUGUUGCCUAGGGUAUUUGGAAGAAAUUGGAGUCCUGUAAGGGGUGCCAUGACCCUAAACAACACUCCAAAAUGAUUAGCUAAUUAACCUAUAGACUGAUAAGCAUGACUGUGAAAUGUAUUUACAUCGGCUGAUAUAUUUGCAAUGGGAUUGUUUUUUUUCUCCCGGACAAUUUUGCCAGCAACUAUUUUAUUUAUCAGCUUUUCAUUUUUUUUUAUAGGCCAAAAGCCGGCAAUUGCCGGCUAACAGCAACCCUGUAUUAUAGGACAGUAGGUACAAUUACCGGCUAACGGCAACCCUGUAUUAUAGGACAGUAGGUAUAAUUACCGGCUAACGGCAACCCUGUAUUAUAGGACAGUAGGUACAAUUACCGGCUAACGGCAACCCUGUAUUAUACGACAGUAGGUACAAUUACCGGCUAACGGCAACCCUGUAUUAUAGGACAGUAGAUACAAUUACCGGCUAACAGCAACCCUGUAUUAUAGGACAGUAGGUACAAUUACCGGCUAACGGCAACCCUGUAUUAUAGGACAGUAGGUACAAUUACCGGCUAACGGCAACCCUGUAUUAUACGACAGUAGGUACAAUUACCGGCUAACGGCAACCCUGUAUUAUACGACAGUAGAUACAAUUACCGGCUAACAGCAACCCUGUAUUAUAGGACAGUAGGUACAAUUACCGGCUAACGGCAACCCUGUAUUAUAGGACAGUAGGUACAAUUACCGGCUAACAGCAACCCUGUAUUAUACGACAGUAGGUACAAUUACCGGCUAACGGCAACCCUGUAUUAUACGACAGUAGGUACAAUUACCGGCUAACUUCAACCCUGUAUUAUACGACAGUAGGUACAAUUACCGGCUAACGGCAACCCUGUAUUAUACGACAGUAGAUACAAUUACCGGGUAACGGCAACCCUGUAUUAUACGACAGUAGAUACAAUUACCGGCUAACGGCAACCCUGUAUUAUACGACAGUAGAUACAAUUACCGGCUAACGGCAACCCUGUAUUAUAGGACAGUAGGUACAAUUACCGGCUAACGGCAACCCUGUAUUAUACGACAGUAUGUACAAUUACCGGCUAACGGCAACCCUGUAUUAUAGGACAGUAGAUACAAUUACCGGCUAACGGCAACCCUGUAUUAUAGGACCGUAGAUACAAUUACCGGCUAACGGCAACCCUGUAUUAUACGACAGUAGAUACAAUUACCGGCUAACGGCAACCCUGUAUUAUACGACAGUAGAUACAAUUACCGGCUAACGGCAACCCUGUAUUAUAGGACAGGGCACACCCUGUAGAAAUAAAGAGUGUUGAAGUAAAACUUGAUUGGUUUAUUUUUUACAUGUGGCACAUGGGUAUAUGGAGGGUGCAUGGCUGUGAAUGGUAUUCUACUUGUUAUUACACAGUAUUUCAUACUUUUCUUUCAGAUGCUUCCACUGAGCUGCUGGCGUCCAGUUCUAAACUGGAGCAAGUGGAGGCUGAGGUACGAGGGUUCUCACCAUCAUAGGGCCGGUUUCCCGGACUCAGACUAAGCCUAGUCAUGGACUAAACGGCUAUUUUAAUUCAGAUUCUCCUUUGAGUUCUGCUUUUAUGUCCAGGACUAGAUUGAAUCUGUGUCUGUGAAACCAGUCCUAAAAGUAUAGAUUUCUAACAGAUUCCCUGUGUGUUCAUUGUUCAUCUGAUUCUGAUAAUUGUGUUUGUCCUCACUCCUGUUUCUCUCCGUGUUGCAGUACAAGCAUUUCAAUCUCUGCUUUCUCCGUGUUGCAGUACAAGCCUUUAAAUCUCUGCUUUCUCCGUGUUGCAGUACAAGCCUUUAAAUCUGUGCUUUCUCUGUGUUGCAGUACAAGCAUUUAAAUAUGUGCUUUCUCUGUGUUGCAGUACAAGCCUUUAAAUCUCUGCUUUCUCUGUGUUGCAGUACAAGCCUUUAAAUCUCUGCUUUCUCUGUGUUGCAGUACAAGCCUUUAAAUCUGUGCUUUCUCUGUGUUGCAGUACAAGCAUUUAAAUCUGUGCUUUCUCUGUGUUGCAGUACAAGCCUUUAAAUCUCUGCUUUCUCCGUGUUGCAGUACAAGCCUUUAAAUCUCUGCUUUCUCCUUGUUGCAGUACAAGCCUUUAAAUCUCUGCUUUCUCUGUGUUGCAGUACAAGCCUUUACAUCUCUGCUUUCUCUGUGUUGCAGUAUGAGUGUUUUAAGCUGUGUUUUCUCUGUGUUGCAGUAUGAGUGUUUUAAGGGUAAAACAAAUAUAUUUUUUGCAAACGUCAAGGAGUAGGGCAUUCAGAGUCUGAUGGUAAUUUGUGAUGUCAACGGCCUCCCCCCUUGCUUGAGGAACAAAAGAGGAACCCCCCCCCCCAUGUCAUGUUACACCUGGACCACCUAUUGAGAUGUGCCCGUUUGUUAAGUAAAUCAGGUUAUUAAAUGAUGUGAAAAGGAGACUGGAGGGAGGACUUUAACGCUACCUUUCCUCUUGUUUCAGUACGAGCGUUUAAAGAGGAUCCAUGCAGAGCUGGAGGAGAAGCUGGAGGCCUCAGAGAUCCAGAUUAAACGUCAGUCUGCUGAGUACAGGACCCUGAUGCAACAGAAAGAUGUACGGGGCUGAUACAUGGAACUAUAUGAUACACUAUGAAAUUGAAACUUCAUCAUCUUGAAAUAAGGAUAGAUAGAGCAGCAGGUAGCUUAGGGGUUAAGAGCUCAGUGGCAGUAACCGAAAGGUCGCUGGUUCUAAUCCCCGAGCCGACUAGGUGAAAAAUCUGCCGGUGUGCCCUUGAGCAAGGCACUUAACCCUAAUUGCUCCUGUAAGUCGCUCUGGAUAAGAGCGUCUGCCAAAUGACUUAAAAUGUAAAAUAGCCACGGUCUUCUGAGGGAGCAUUCCACAGUGUGCUGGUAUCCAUUUGUCUUUUUUAAAAAUAUAUAUAUAUAUAUAUUUUUUUUUUUGUCAUUUAGCAGACGCUCUUAUCCAGAGCGACUUACAUGAGCAAUUAGGGUUAAGUGCCUUGCUCAAGGGCACAUCGACAGAUUUUUCACCUAGUCGGCUCGGGGAUUAGAACCAGCGACCUUUCGGUUACUGGCACAACGCUCUUAACCACUAAGCCACCUGCUGCCCCGUCUUUCAGGACAUUACUUCUUGUGUCAUGCACCCUGCAAGAUACUGGAUGUGUCUACGCUACUUCUUAACUGUGUCAUCGUGUCAUGUCAUGAUGUUACCUGUCCAGGUGGAGAUCAGCCACCUGAAAGCCCGUCAGAGUGGACUACAGGAAGAGGUCCGGAAGCUGCAGCACUCUGCUCAAUCGGUUACCUCCGACCCAGCUGUACUUACGGUCACCACCACCGCCUCCACCACCACCACUACCUCUUCCUCUUACAUGUCCCGCCCCCCGGGGGCCGCCCUCCACCAGGGUUUCCAUGGCAGCAGCGACGAGAUGGACUUCAGUGACGUCAUCUGGUCUCAGCAGGAGAUUAACCGUCUGUCUGCAGAGUUGAUGAGGCUGGAGGCUGAGGUCUCCCACUGGAGAAGCGUGUCUCAGGUAGGUUUCGUUGCAACACCGUUCAUUACAUAGAAUAUAACACAUUUGAUCUAUUACUGUUUUACUGUAAGGAUUUCUAAAGGUUCAUGUCAAAUUCCAACGAAAAGCCUUGCAAUACAUACACGUAAAACCCAUAUUAAAGUUUAAUUCUGAUAUUUAUAUGUUUCAGGCAUCCAUACCCCCAGGAGCAGGAAACGGUGACCAGGGAGAGGUCCUGAAGCUUCAGAGGAUCAUCAAGGUGUGCUUUCUCUUUGGGAGUCUAGGACCGGGUUACUGUCAAGCAGGGCUCUUCAACCCUGUUCCUGGAGAGCUACCCUCCUGUACGUUUUCACGCCAACCCCAGGUGUCACUAACCUGAUUCAUUUAUCAACCAGCUAAUUAUUAGAAUCAGUGGUGCUAGAUUAGGGUUGGAGUUAAAACCUACAGGAGGGUAGCUCUCCAGGAACAGGGUUGGAGUUAAAACCUACAGGAGGGUAGCUCUCCAGGAACAGGGUUGGAGUUAAAACCUACAGGAGGGUAGCUCUCCAGGAACAGGGUUGGAGUUAAAACCUACAGGAGGGUAGGUCUCCAGGAACAGGGUUGGAGUUAAAACCUACAGGAGGGUAGCUCUCCAGGAACAGGGUUGGAGUUAAAACCUACAGGAGGGUAGCUCUCCAGGAACAGGGUUGGAGUUAAAACCUACAGGAGGGUAGCUCUCCAGGAACAGGGUUGGAGUUAAAACCUACAGGAGGGUAGCUCUCCAGGAACAGGGUUGGAGUUAAAACCUACAGGAGGGUAGCUCUCCAGGAACAGGGUUGGAGUUAAAACCUACAGGAGGUUAGCUCUCCAGGAACAGGGUUGGAGUUAAAACCUACAGGAGGGUAGCUCUCCAGGAACAGGGUUGGAGUUAAAACCUACAGGAGGGUAGCUCUCCAGGAACAGGGUUGGAGUUAAAACCUACAGGAGGGUAGCUCUCCAGGAACAGGGUUGGAGUUAAAACCUACAGGAGGGUAGCUCUCCAGGAACAGGGUUGGAGUUAAAACCUACAGGAGGGUAGGUCUCCAGGAACAGGGUUGGAGUUAAAACCUACAGGAGGUUAGCUCUCCAGGAACAGGGUUGGAGUUAAAACCUACAGGAGGGUAGCUCUCCAGGAACAGGGUUGGAGUUAAAACCUACAGGAGGGUAGCUCUCCAGGAACAGGGUUGGAGUUAAAACCUACAGGAGGGUAGCUCUCCAGGAACAGGGUUGGAGUUAAAACCUACAGGAGGGUAGCUCUCCAGGAACAGGGUUGGAGUUAAAACCUACAGGAGGUUAGCUCUCCAGGAACAGGGUUGGAGUUAAAACCUACAGGAGGGUAGCUCUCCAGGAACAGGGUUGGAGUUAAAACCUACAGGAGGGUAGCUCUCCAGGAACAGGGUUGGAGAGCCUUGCUAUAGAACCUUUUUGUUUAUGUAAAAAGGGUUUUGUGAAUAACAUUUAAAUGAUUGUUAAAAACCCUGCUUGGACUAAGAGAAUGUCUGUGGAACAUUCUAUUUGAUUGUAGGAGCUGCGUGAGGAGAUGGGCCGUGAGGUAGAUGAACACCAGCAUGAGUUAGCAGCGCUGCAGGACGCACAGAGACAGAAGAUGGCCGACAUCACCCGGCGCCACCGGGACGAGCUGGCAGAGUACGAGGAGAGGAUAGAGGAGCUGGAGGAACAGAAACAUACUGGGGGUGAGGAGCUGGAGGAUCAGAAACAGGCUGGGGGGAGGAGGAGAGGAGCUGGAGGAUCAGAAACAGACUGGGGGGAGGAGGAGAGGAGCUGGAGGAACAGAAACAGACUGGGGGAGGAGGAGAGGAGCUGGAGGAUCAGAAACAGACUGGGGGGAGGAGGAGAGGAGCUGGAGGAUCAGAAACAGACUGGGGGGGAGGAGGAGAGGAGCUGGAGGAUCAGAGAACAGACUGGGGGAGGAGGAGAUGAGCUGGAGGAUCAGAAACAGACUGGGGGGGGAGGAGAGGAGCUGGAGGAUCAGAAACAGACUGGGGGGAGGAGGAGAGGAGCUGGAGGAUCAGAAACAGACUGGGGGGGGAGGAGAGGAGCUGGAGGAUCAGAAACAGACUGGGGGGAGGAGGAGAGGAGCUGGAGGAUCAGAAACAGACUGGGGGGAGGAGGAGAGGAGCUGGAGGAUCAGAAACAGACUGGGGGGGGAGGAGGAGAGGAGCUGGAGGAUCAGAAACAGACUGGGGGGGAGGAGAGGAGCUGGAGGAUCAGAAACAGACUGGGGGGAGGAGGAGAGGAGCUGGAGGAACAGAAACAGACUGGGGGGAGGAGGAGAGGAGCUGGAGGAUCAGAAACAGACUGGGGGGGAGGAGGAGAGGAGCUGGAGGAACAGAAACAGACUGGGGGGAGGAGGAGAGGAGCUGGAGGAUCAGAAACAGACUGGGGGUAGGAGGAGGAGAGGAGCUGGAGGAACAGAAACAGACUGGGGGGAGGAGGAGAGGAGCUGGAGGAACAGAAACAGACUGGGGGUAGGAGGAGAGGAGCUGGAGGAACAGAAACAGACUGGGGGGGGAGGAAGCAUGGGCUUUAGCUUACUCUGUCUUCGCAUUUUCAAAAACAUGUAAGGAAGUAUAGUGAAGUAUAUUUCUGUUAGUUUAAGGCCCAAUGCAGCUGUUUUUAUAUCAGUAUCAAAUCAUUUCCGGGUAACAAUUAAGUACCUUACUGCAGUGGGGAGAGGUAAACUGAAAACUAUCUGUUAUUGGCAGAGAGGUUUGGAACUAUUUACUGCAUGGCAGUGUUGUGUUCAAGACCACCUAAACCGAGUCCGAGUCAAGACCAGAACAAUGCGAGUCCAAUUCAAGACCAUGAAUGUAAUUUUGUCAGGUCGUCACCAUAAUAAGAGUAUUUCUGGGUUAGUGAUUCUCCGGUACUUUUGUAUACUUUUUAGCCAGUAGUUCUGAAAGUAGCGCCAACGAGCCAAAAGUGGUCCUGGAAAAUUGUGUUCUACGUCACACACAGAAUGUGUAGAUAUUUUUUUUAUUUAACCAGGAAGGGCUCAUUGAGAUUUAAAAUCUCUUUUUCAAGAGCGUCCUGGCCAAGAUAGGCAGCACCAAGUCAUUACAAAAAAUUACAGACAGACAACAUAAAAAACUACAAGUAAUCUAGUAAAAAAACAUUCAUGAAUUCACAAGAGUAUAACAAUAUCAAAAACAGCAAAUUAAAAACAUUGACAGGUCAGGGAAUCAGCCUCAAAAUCCUUCAUCAGAGAUUUAAAAACACCAAUCGGGACAAGUUCUUCCAGUUUAAAAUUAUUUUGUAAGGUGUUCCAAGACGAUGGCGCAGAGUACAUAAAAGACCUUUUACCAAAUAUGAGCACCACUUCAUCGCUCUCUCUUGCUCUACUGAGUGUGCUUCUUGCUAGCUGUCAAUCAUAUGGCGAGGGGCUGAAACUUGAAUUGCUAGGGGGGCUGGCCCACGUGGGGGGGGGGGUAAAUGUAGGGUAAAUGUUGCCGCGCAGGUUCCAGAAAACAGUCGCUUUCAAACUAGGGAGUUCGUAGCUAAUUGAGGUACAGUAAUUCUGCUCAUAGAUUCUGCAUGUAUGAAAAACACAUAGUGACACAUCCAGCCCAAAGCGGGAGGUUUAAAAAAGACUUACUAGUCAAUAAAGUACCGGAGACAGUACCGGAGACAGUACCGGAGACAGUACCGGAGACAGUACCGGAGACAGUACCGGAGACAGUAGGAAUGAAUGCCUUAAGGUCCAAUGCAGUAAAAAUCUUUAAUAUUUCAGAAGAACAUAUGGGAUUCUUCAGCCUUUUUAAAAUGGUAAAACAAUGCAAUGUUGAAGGCAAAUAGUCACUCUACAAACGAUCACUAAAUAAUAGAUAAAAAUGACUAGAUAUGUUACAAUCCCCGGUCUCCCCUUCGCGAGCCAGUGACUCAAACAUGUACUUUUGAGUCAUUUAGCAGACACUCUUAUCGAGAACGACUUAGUUAUUAGUGCAGUCAUCUUAAGACGACAUCCCCCAGUCUCCCCUACUAAAAGAGCAAGAAUAUGCCAACAAGGGGCCUCCCGAGUGGCGCAGCGGUCUAAGGCACUGCAGAGCUUGAGGCGUCACUACAGACCCGGGUUCGAUCCCAGGCUGUGCCAUGAGGCGGCGCACAAUUGGCCCAGCGUCGUCCGGGUUAGGGGAGGGUUUGGCCGGCCUGGAUGUCCUUGUCCCAUCGUGCGCUCUAGCGACUCCUUGUGGCGUGCCGGGGCGCCUGCACGCUGACACGGUCGCCAGCCCUACGGCGUUUCCUCCGACACAUUGGUGCGGCUUCCCGGUUAAGCGAGCACUGUGUCAAGAAGCAGUGCAGCUUGGCAGGAUCGUGUUUUCGGAGGACGCAUGGCUCUCGACCUUCGCCUCUCCCGAGUCCGUACGGGAGUUGCAGCGAUGGGACAAGACUGUAACUACCAAUUUGGACAUCACGAAAUCGGGGGAGAAAAAGGGGUAAAAAAUGUAUUAAAAAUAAAAUAAACCGAAUAUUCCAACGAGCGUGACAAAGUUUGAGGUUACAAGUGUGGAGAGUUGGCCUGGCAAAAGGUUUUAUAAAACCAAACAAUGUUUUACUCCACUGGUCUCGGCUGGUUACGAGACCUUAUUGUCCGAGUCAAGACCCAGUAAAAAUGUGUCCAACACUGAGAAAAGACAGAGACACUCAAUAUGUGGUCUGGAGACCGAACUCGAGUACUACAGCACUGCCGUAUGGGAUGUCACCAUGGAAAGCCAAAACUCCUGCCCAUGCAAACCUGCUGAUUUAAAAGGGUCUGUGCAGAUUGUAUUUUCAACCAGCAAUUAUCAGGAAAUAAAACUGAUUUUAAAUGUUUUCAAACUUUUACAAUGUUAGUCUCAUCAGCUGUUGUACAACACAUAUAGUGCGUUCAGAAAGUAUUCAGACCCCUUGACUUUUUCCACAUUUAGUUACUUUACAGCCUUGUUCUAAAAUAGAUUAAAUUGUUGUAGAAACAUCUCAAGGAUGAUCAAUGGAAACAGGAUGCACCUGAGCUCAAUUUCGAGUCGCAUAGCAAAGGGUCUGAAUACUUACGUAAAUAAGGUAUUUCUGUUUUUUAUUUGUAACACAUUUGCCAAAUAAUUCUAAAAACCUGUUUUCACUUUGUCAUUAUGGAGUAUUGUGUGUAGAUUGAUGAGGGAAAAACAUUAAUUUAAUCCAUUUUAGAAUAAAGCUGUAACGUAACACAAUGUGGAAAAGGGGAAGGGGUCUGAAUACUUUCCCGAAUGCACUGUAACUGCCUGAUUUCUCCACCCUGACCUAAGACUCACAGAUUUCCCUUACAUGUUUACCCUCUGUAUCCGGACCCUCCAGGCACUAGUCCAGCCACAGUCAACGCUCCUCAGGACUCCUCCGUGCCCUCUGACCUCCAGAGCACCAUCCAGACCUUAAAGGAAGCAGCAGAGGAGCAGGAGGAGCGGCUGAAGGAGCUGACAGCCGGUCUGGAGGAGGCAGGGAGGAGACAGGCCACGCUGCAGCAGGAGAAAGAGGAGGCGCGGGCCGAGAACGCUGAGCUGUUGCAGAACUACACUCGGCUGCAGACGUCUGUCACGGAGCUCCAGACGCGUGUCCAGGAGCAGGAGGGGAAAGCCCGGAAUAAGACCCAGCUAGACCAGGAGAUGCAGGGGCUGAGGAAAGCUCUCGCAGGUACAGUCUCAGUAUUGAUUUUUUUUUUAUUUAACCUUUACGUUAACAGGGAAGACAUAUUGUGAGACCUAGGUCUCUUUUCCAAAUGCGUCCUGUAUAAUACAAUAUAAAAUACACAUUAUACACAAAGUAUAGUGAGGGGAAAACUGAAAUUCACAUUUUCCAUUCAGUUACUGACUGAAUUGAAAUGGAAUUGAUUCCAUCCCUUUAGUGGGUUUUAGUUAUUUGUCAAAAGCUCAGGUUAACUCAAACUUUUUUUGGGGUCAUCUUUUCAAGGUGCAGAGGAGGAGAUCUCGAGGCUGAAGAGUCUUCAGGUGUGCAUCCUGAUCACGUACUGUAUUUACAAUGGUGUUGAAAUAUGUUGUUUCGUCACUGCUGUUAUGGUUGUGUUGAUUGUUGGAAACAGAGUGAACCAAAGAUGGAGGUGGAACACGCAGACGUUCUAGAACUCAACACCGUCACCGGGACGUUGAGGAAGGAGGAAGAAUUGGUGAAACAAAAACUUAAAGUUUUAUAUGAGGUGAUUUCAGCUUGCUUAAUGGGUCCUAACGUUCCCAUUGUUUUGCACGCCACAAUGUUAAUUCUUAAAUAAACUCCCUUACAUGACUUACAGAAAAUGUGUGGGCAGAACUGAAAAAGCGUGUGCGAGCAAGGAGGCCUACAAGCCUGACUCAGUUACACCAGCUCUGUCAGGAGGAAUGGGCCAAAAUUCACCCAACUUAUUGUGGGAAGCUUGUGGAAGGCUACCCAAAACAUUUGACCCAAGUUAAACAUUUUAAAGGCAAUGCUACCAAAUACUAAUUGAGUGUAUGUAAACUUCUGACCCACUGGGAAUGUGAUGACAGAAAUAAAAGCUGAAAUAAAUCAUUCUCUCUACUAUUAUUCUGAUAUUUCACAUUCUUAAAAUAAAGUGGUAAUCCUAUCUGACCUACAGUGAGGGAAAAAAGUAUUUGAUCCCCUGCUGAUUUUGUAAGUUUGCCCACUGACAAAGAAAUGAUCAGUCUAUAAUUUAAAUGGUAGGUAUAUUUUAACAGUGAGAGACAGAAUAACAACAAAAUAAUCCAGAAAAACCAUGUCAAAAAUGUAAUAAAUUGAUUUGCAUUUUAAUGAGGGAAAUAAGUAUUUGACCCCCUCUCAAUCAGAAAGAUUUCUGGCUCCCAGGUGUCUUUUAUACAGGUAACGAGCUGAGAUUAGGAGCACACUCUUAAAAGGAGUGCUCCUUAUCUCAGUUUGUUACCUGUAUAAAAGACACCUGUCCACAGAAGCAAUCAAUCAAUCAGAUUCCAAACUCUCCACCAUGGCCAAGACCAAAGAGCUCUCCAAGGAUGUCAGGGACAAGAUUGUAGACCUACACAAGGCUGGAAUGAGCUACAAGACCAUCGCCAAGCAGCUUGGUGAGAAGGUGACAACAGUUGGUGCGAUUAUUCGCAAAUGGAAGAAACACAAAAUAACUGUCAAUCUCCCUCGGCCUGGGGCUCCAUGCAAAAUCUCACCUCGUGGAGUUGCAAUGAUCAUGAGAAUGGUGAGGAAUCAGCCCAGAACUACACGGGAGGAUCUUGUCAAUGAUCUCAAGGCAGCUGGGACCAUAGUCACCAAGAAAACAAUUAGUAACACACUACGCCGUGAAGGACUGAAAUCCUGCAGCUCCCGCAAGGUCCCCUUGCUCAAGAAAGCACAUAUACAGGCCCUUCUGAAGUUUGCCAAUGAACAUCUGAAUGAUUCAGAGGAGAACUGGGUGAAAGUGUUGUGGUCAGAUGAGACCAAAAUCGAGCUCUUUGGCAUCAACUCAACUCGCCGUGUUCGGAGGAGGAGGAAUGCUGCCUAUGACCCCAAGAACACCAUCCCCACCGUCAAACAUGGAGGUGGAAACAUUAUGCUUUGGGGGUGUUUUUCUGCUAAGGGGACAGGACAACUUCACUGCAUCAAAGGGACGAUGGACGGGGCCAUGUACCGUCAAAUCUUGGGUGAGAACCUCCUUCCCUCAGCCAGGGCAUUGAAAAUGGGUUGUGGAUGGGUAUUCCAGCAUGACAAUGACCCAAAACACACAGCCAAGGCAACAAUGGAGUGGCUCAAGAAGAAGCACAUUAAGGUCCUGGAGUGGCCUAGCCAGUCUCCAGACCUUAAUCCCAUAGAAAAUCUGUGGAGGGAGCUGAAGGUUCGAGUUGCCAAACGUCAGCCUUGAAACCUUAAUGACUUGGAGAAGAUCUGCAAAGAGGAGUGGGACAAAAUCCCUCCUGAGAUGUGUGCAAACCUGGUGGCCAACUACAAGAAACGUCUGACCUCUGUGAUUGCCAACAAGGGUUUUGCCACCAAGUACUAAGUCAUGUUUUGCAGAGGGGUCAAAUACUUAUUUCCCUCAUUAAAAUGCAAAUCAAUUUAUAACAUUUUUGACAUGCGUUUUUCUGGAUUUUGUUGUUGUUAUUCUGUCUCUCACUGUUCAAAUAAACCUACCAUUAAAAUUAUAGACUGAUCAUGUCUUUGUCAGUGGGCAAACGUACAAAAUCAGCAGGGGAUCAAAUACUUUUUUCCCCCUCACUGUAAAACAGGGAAUUUUUACUAGGAUUAAAUGUCAGGAAUUGUGAAAAACUGAGUUUAAAUGUAUUUGGCGAAGGUGUAUGUACACUUCCGACUUCAACUGUGCAUAUAACUAGAAACAAAGUGACAUAGUAAACCGUUGUCUCAGAGAGGGUAAGAGAUGGCCCUGAGAAGGAUUUUCUACAAUGGUGUUUGAUUCAGUUGGAUUAUUUCAUUAUUGUGCACAUUUUGUUAUGUAUUUCUUUUUUUAACUCCUCAGCUGACUCUACAGGAGAGACUUGCCAGUGCCGAGGGGAGAGUGGAGUCGGACAGCCUUGACGGAGGGGAGUCCUCGGAGCAGCUAUCGGGGCUGAGGGCGGAGCUAGAGAAGAGCGAGCAGUCCUUGAGAGAGACCCAGGAGGAACGAGAUACCCUCCUCAACGAGCUGGAAGAACUGGACAGACAGAACCAGGAGGCUACGCAGGUCGGGUUUGAACUCGUACAGACCACACUGGGUUUUUGAGAACAUGUUGAAAAUGGAAAGGGAAAUGGUCAUCUCAUUUUGAAUUUAUUUAAAGACAAGGUUGCAAGAUCGGGUUAUGGUUUUUCCACUCACAUUUGUGUUAUGCUAUCAAACAAGUCAAAGGUCUAUAUUAGGUAGAGACACAGCAAAGUAACACUACCUAGACAAGGUUAUUGACAUGCUGUUAUUGUUUUGUGUUGUCUCCACGUUACAGCAUGUGAUCUCAGUGAAGGAGCAGCUCUCCGUUCAGCUGAAGGAAUCUGAGGCCGAGGUGGCCAGGCUGAAGUCAGAACUCCGUACCGCCACCGACCAGAGGGUGGCGCUGCAGCAAGAGCUGCAGGCCCAGCAGGAGAAACUGAGCCAGAGUGCCUUCACUCUCAACGACCUACACAUGGGCAAGCAGGAGCUGGAGGGCACCGUUAAGGUGCUGAGAGACAAACUGGGACAGGCAACAGAGAUGGGCAAUGAGGCACGCAGGGAGACCCAGGAGCACCAGAGAACAUUACAGGAGAGGGAGGAGCAGCUGUCUGCUGCCCGGGCAGAGCUGUGUGAGGCUGGGGAGAGAGGGAGAGAAUCCGGUGGGUCCAGAGAGCAACUGGAGAAGGAACUAGAGGAGCUCAGCAGAGAGCUGGCUGAGAUGAGGAGCUCCCAGGAGAAGGUGAUGUCAGAAGACUACGAGAUGAAGAUGAAGAACCAGAGGCUGAAGACAGAGGCUGAGCAGGCCCAGGGGAGGAUAGAGGAGCUGGCCAGGCAGGUCAGGGAGGUCCAGGCCGCUCUCAGCAGGACGGUCCUGGAGAAAGACACCCGCAUCGAGGCUCUGAAGCUGGAGAAGAGCCAGCUGGAAGGGGAGCUGGUUCAGGCAGAGAGGGGCCUCCAGGAGCAGACCAGGCAGUACCAGCAGACCGUCGAGGAGCUGACCGCUGCUCGCUCCAUGGACGCCUCGGCACUGCAGGUCCGCUGUUUCAUUAGUUUUACUGUUUAAUCAAUUUAUUUAUCUUCAUUUUAUUUUAUAUAUUUUAAGUAGGGCUGUCAAAUGAUUAAAAUUUUUAAUCAAAUUAAUCAGAAUUUUCAGUGGAUUAAUCAUGAUUAAUCACUAUUUGCAAUUACACCUGAAUCCUAACCAUUUUUUUUCUGAAAUGCAUACCAAAAGAUAAAUAACAGGACACAGAUACAUAAUUUUCAUAUUAUGUCUGUUUAUUAACACAGCCAAAUAAUGGUGUUUUAAAUCAAGCUGAAACAUACUACACACCAUAAUAUUUGUCUUUGGCUGUGGCUCUUGACGGUGGCUUAUAGAAUGAGUCUUGAGACGCCACUUGCAAAACAUCAAGGAAACCUGAGUCUUCUACAAUGCUAAUGGGUCUACAAUCCUUUGCAAUCCAUUUUGCUAUUGUGUUGGUCAAAUUAUCUGAGGUUGAUUUUGUUAAUUGCCUGCAAACAUUCAGCGUGGUCUGGCGCAAACCACUUGCUGAAUCUGACGGCCCAGCAAACGCAUGUUUGGCGUUGACAUGGUACUUCAAGCUUGAACAGCUCCGGUGAAAUUGAAACUCCUUCUUACAAAUCUUGCAAAUAACCUUGUACUUGUUAACUGUACCAUCAUCAUUCUUUUUAUAUUUGAAUCCGUCAAUAGGCCCACUUUGCUCACCUUGCUCCAUCUCGCCUCUAGCUCCCAACCACUUUCCUGACCUGAAUAAUUUGUCACACUGCGCAUGCGUGAAAUGCGUUAAAAAAAUUGACGUAAUUAACAGCAAACAACUAAUUAACGUCGUUAACGCGCUAUUUUUGACAGCCCUAAUUUUAAGGUAUUUUAUUGAACAGAUAGAGAGGGAGAGGAUGUCAGUGGGGAGGUACAGAGAGAGGUUGUGUCAAAGGGCAGUAGGCCAGAUUCGAACCUAUGCAGACAUUGUAGGUGAGGGGUGUCAAACUCAUUCCACGGAGGGCCUAGUGUCUGCAGGUUGUUGGUUUUUUCCUUUCAAUGAAGACCUAGACAACCAGGUGAGGGGAGUUCCUUACUAAGACCUAGACAACCAGGUGAGGGGAGUUCCUUACUAAUUAGUGACCUUAAUUCAUCAAUCAAGUACAAGGGAGGAGUGAAAACCCGCAGACACUCGGCCCUCCGUGGGAUGAGUUUGACACGUGUUGUAGACAAUGUGUGGCAGAGGCUGCUGCAUCAGGCUAGGACACUUAAUAUCUUCAUUUAUCUGUCUUCAUUUCAGAUUUAUCUAUCUUCAUUUCAUAUCUAUCUAUCUUCAUUUCAUAUUUAUCUAUCUUCAUUUCAGAUUUAUCUAUCUUCAUUUCAUAUUUAUCUAUCUUCAUUUCAUAUUUAUCUAUCUUCAUUUCAUAUUUAUCUAUCUUCAUUUCAGAUUUAUCUAUCUUCAUUUCAGAUUUAUCUAUCUUCAUUUCAGAUUUAUCUAUCUUCAUUUCAGAUUUAUCUAUCUUCAUUUCAGAUUUAUCUAUCUUCAUUUCAUAUCUAUCUAUCUUCAUUUCAGAUUUAUCUAUCUUCAUUUCAGAUUUAUCUAUCUUCAUUUCAUAUUUUUCAUUUGGUGAAAUGAAAAAAAUUACUUGUUUCAAAAAAUGCGAUAAAUUUAUAAUGGGAAAGUGGUGCGUUCAAAUUUAUUCACCCCCUUUGCUAUGAAGCACCUAAAUAAGAUCUGGUGCAACCAAUUACCUUCAGAAGUCACAUAAUUAGUUAAAUAAAGUCCACCUGUAUAUAUACACCUGUUCUGAAAGGCCCCAGAGUCUGCAACACCACUAAGCAAGGGGCACCACCAAGCAAGCGGCACCAUGAAGACCAAGGAGCUCUCCAAACAGGUCUGGGACAAAGUUGUGGAGAAGUACAGAUCAGGGUUGGGUUAUAUAAAAAUAUCAGACACUUUGAACAUCCCACGGAGCACCAUUAAAUCCAUUAUUAAAAAAUGGAAAGAAUAUGGCACCACAACAAACCUGCCAAGAGAGGGCCUCCCACCAAAACUCACAGACCAGGCAAGGAGGGCAUUAAUCAGAGAGGCAACAAAGAGACCAAAGAUAACCCUGAAGGAGCUGCAAAGCUCCACAGCGGAGAUUGGAGUAUCUGUCCAUAGGACCACUUUAAGCCGUGCACUCCACAGAGCUGGGCUUUACGGAAGAGUGGCCAGAAAAAAAGCCAUUGCUUACAGAAAAAAAUAAGCAAACACGUUUGGUGUUCUCCAAAAGCCAUGUGGGAGACUCCCCAAACAUAUGGAAGAGAAGGUGCUCUGGUCAGAUGAGCAUAGUGGUGGCAGCAUCAUGCUGUGGGGAUGUUUUUCAUCGGCAGGGACUGGGAAACAGGUCAGAAUUGUGAUCGAUGGCGCUAAAUACAGGGAAAUUCUUGAGGGAAACCUGUUUCAGUCUUCCAGUGAUUUGAGACUGGGACGGAGGUUCACCUUCCAGCAGGACAAUGACCCUAAGCAUACUGCUAAAGCAACACUCGAGUGGUUUAAGGGGAAACAUUUAAAUGUCUUGGAAUGGCCUAGUCAAAGCCCAGACCUCAAUCCAAUUGAGAAUAUGUGGUAUGACUUAAAGAUUGCUGUACACCAGCAUAUCUAUCUUCAUUUCAUAUUUAUUUAUCUUCAUUUCAUAUUUAUCUUCAUUUCAGAUGUAUUUAUCUUCACUUCAUAUUUGUCUUCAUUUCAUAUUUGUCUUCAUUUCAUAUUUGUCUUCAUUUCAUAUUUGUCUUUAUUUCAUAUUUGUCUUUAUUUCAUAUUUGUCUUCAUUUCAUAUUUAUCUUCAUUUCAUAUUAGUCUUCAUUUCAUAUUUGUCUUCAUUUCAUAUUUGUCUUCAUUUCAUAUUUGUCUUCAUUUCAUAUUUAUCUAGAAAGUUGUUUUUAUCUUUCUCACUUUCAUCAUUAUUUAAAUUAAUUCAUUAAGCGUUGACUUUGAACCACAUUUUUUGUUUAAAGUGCUAUAUAAAUAAAGUUUGAUUUGAUUACUUGCAGACGGAGCACGAGAGGACGGUGAGGCUGAACCAGGAGAAGGAUCUGGAGAUCUCCCAGCUGAGGAGAGACGUGGAGCAGAUGGCCUCCGACCACCGAGACACCAACGAGAUGCUGUCCAUCACCGUGGCCGGACAGAAACAGCUGACCGACCUCCUCCAGGUCAGCUGACCGACCAUAGAGUUAGAUAGAGGACUCAUCUGUUGUGUUAUAAUGGGUAUAUCAAUGAGUCCUCUAUCGGACUAUGUGACAGACCUUUCUGACAUAUUUUAUGAAAUUAUAGCACUUAUCCAGCCUAGUUUGCUUGUAAAUAUCCUUUGCAAUCUGUUGUUUUGGAUUGUAUAAUUUUGGUUGUAUGUAUUGUGUUUGCUGCAAAAGGAAUUACCACAUUAAGUACAUUAAAGGGGGCAAUCUGCAGUUUAAAACAACAACAAAGCCGUCACCCCGCCACCUUUUUUGGGGGUAUUAGGGAUGGAUAUGGCUGAAGAAAUGUAACGACUCUCAAAUUCAUAGACGGUUAUGGAUACAAGGACUGACCAUGAGAUCAAAAUGAUACAUUUAACCAUGGUUUGGAGAUAUACAGUGUUUGUUUACAAUUACGUUGUUUACAAACAAUGGAGUAGAACGUCUGCAGUCUGAUUCGCUACGACAGUUGAACUAAGCUCAUGAGACAUUUAUAAGUUAUAUAUAUAUUUUUUUAUAAUCAAUGACUAUAUAUCAUUAAUUUAAAAGUCCAAAAAUGUAUGUAGCAAUCGCUAGAUUGCGCAUUUAAAAAUUUUCUGAUUCUAAAUGUGAAUCUCCAGGAGAAGGACUCCUUCAUGGAGAGCCUGAGGGCUAGCAUGGCCGCCACCCAGAGGGAGAUGGAGGCCGCGGUCCAGGCAGCCACAGAGGAGGCUGGGGCCCUGAGGGCAGCUCUGGAGGAGAAGGACAAGCAGCUGGGAGGCAUGAAGGAAGACAAGAGCCACCUGAAGGUUCGUCGACAGUAUGAAUGACGUGGGGUAACGUGCAAUGUAUCUAUUAUGCUAUGCGUUUGGGUUUAUUUGGAUAGUGACAAGUACACAUUGACACAUGUUGAGUGUGGAAUGUACAGUGUCUGUUUUGUAUACAGCAGUACUGUGUGUCUAAGAUACUUUUCCCCUCGGGAAAUUAAACUUAAACCUCACCGCCACUCUUACAAAUCUCACUGACUGAACCACCCGUCCUGCCAUUACUGAACCACCCGGCCUGCCAUGAUUGUCCAUCUUAACCAUUUAAUUAUUUGUUUUAGUUUUUUUAAAUUGCAUUGUUGUUGUUUUUUCCCCCCCCUGCUUUAAAGUACUUUGAUAUUAUUAAUUUAUGUAAUGAAAAGUAAAAUAUAAAAUAAAAGUUUAAUACAUUCUUAUCAUCCUAUCAGGAGGAGAUUGACCGCCUCAGGGACCAGCAGAGCAGACCCCAGCACCCCGGCCUGGCCGAGCCACGCACCCUGGACAUCAUCACAGGUAAAUAUACAGUGGAUUCGGAAAGUAUUCAGACCCCUUCACUUUUUCCUCAUUUUGUUACGUUACAGCCUUAUUCUAAAAUGGAUUACAAGUCGUCGUCCCCCCCAUCAAUCUACACACAAUACCCCAUAAUGACAAAGCAAAAACAGGUUUUUAGGAAAUUUAGCAAAUGCAAAUGUGUAAAUAAAACUUGCAGGAAAUAUCACAUUUACAUAAAGUGUGCUUAGGGUCGUUGUCCUGUUGGAAGGUGAACCUUCGCCCCCAGUCUGAGGUCCUGAGCGCUCUGGAGCAGGUUUUCAUCAAGGAUCUCUCUGUACGUUGCUCCGUUCAUCUUUCCCUCGAUCCUGACUAGUCUCCCCAGUCCCUGCUGCUGAAAAACAUCCCCACAGCAUGAUGCUUCCACCACCAUGCUUCACCGUAGGGAUGGUGCCAGGUUUUCUCCAGACGUGACACUUGGCAUUCAGGUCAAAGAGUUCAAUCUUGGUUUCAUCAGACCAGAGAAUCUUGUUUCUCAUGGUCUGGGAGUCCUUUGUGUGCCUUUUGGCAAACUCCAAGCGGGCUGUCAUGUGCCUUUUACUGAGGAGUGGCUUCCGUCUGGCCACUCUACCAUAAAGGCCUGAUUGGUGGAGUGAUGCAGAGAUGGUUGUCCUUCUGGAAGGUUCUCCCAUCUCCACAUAGGAACUCUGGAGCUCUGUCAGAGUGACCAUCGGGUUCUUGGUCACCUCCCUGACCAAGGCCCUUCUCCCCUGAUUGCUCAGUUUGGCCGGGUGGCCAGCUCUAGGAAGAGUCUUGGUGGUUCCAGACUUCUUCCAUUUAAGAAUGAUGGAGGCCACUGUGUUCUUGGGGACCUUCAAUGCUGCAGACAUUUUUUGGUACCCUUCCCCAGAUCUGUGCCUCAACACACUGUCUUGGAGCUCUACGGACAAUUUCUUCGACCUCUUGGCUUGGUUUUUGCUCUGACAACUGUGGGACCUUAUAUAGACAGGUGUGUGCCUUUCCAAAUCAUGUCCAAUCAAUUGAAUUUACCACAGGUGGACUCCAAUCAAGUUGUAGAAACAUCUCAAGGAUGUUCAAUGGAAACAGGAUGCACCUGAGCUCAAUUUCAAGUCUCAUAGCAAAGGGUCUGAAUACUUAUGUAAAUAAGGUAUUUUUGUUUUUUAUUUUUAAUACAUUUGCUGAAGUUUCUAAAAACCUGUUUUUGCUUUGUCAUUAUGGGGUAUUGUGUGUAGAUUGAUGAGGGAAAAACAUUACUUUAAUCCAUUUUAGAAGAAGGCUGUAACGUAACACAAUGUGGAAAAAGUCAAGGGGUCUGAAUACUUUCCGAAUGCACUGUAAUUUGCUAUCUGCUGUUGUUUUUAAAUAUGUGAUUCCGUCUGUAUGUUUUGUCAGGGCUCCAGACUAACAUUUUCCCCUUGUGGCACCGGUGACACGAACUUUUUCAGUUGGUGGCACCAGCCCAUUUGACUGUUAACAAAUUCAUGGUUUUAUCCGUCGCAAAAAAAAUAGGACGUUUUUGAUUGAGGUGACCAGGUAGACUGUUCAGCUCACACCAGUGCGACCAAUUUUUAUAAAAAUGGUAACUCGCACAAAGGGUCGCGAAAUGCGAAUUUAAAAGGUUGCAGUCUGGAGCCCUGAUUUGUAUUGUGUGUGCUGCAAAAGGAAUUGCCUCAUUGAGGACAGUCACAUUCAGAAAAUGUGAAUCACAGAACUGGAGACUGAGAUCAGCCAGCUGAAGAGCUCCAGAGACGGGCUGGGGGAGGAGGUGCAGGCCCUGAGGAGGAGAAUGGAGGAGCAGCGGGAUCGCCUCCUCUCCUCCCAGCAGUCUGUCCAGGCGCAGCAGAAUGAGUUGGAUCAGGCCCAUCAACGCCACGAGCAGAGCAGAGAGAACUACGAUAGGCUGAUCCACGCCAAGGACGAGGAGAUUGGGCGCCUGCAGCAGGAAGUAGAUCACCUCGGCCACACCCGCUCCUCCCAGGAACAGGAAGUGGUCAUCCUCCAACAGGAAGACAAGACCCAGUCGUCUCUGAAUAACGGAGAGAACUGCAACGAGAAACAUGACCUGUCAAAGGUGGAGAUAGACCGUCUGGUGAAGGUAUUUCCUGCAUUUUGUUAUUUAUUAUUAUAAGAAUCUACUAAAUAAUCUGCCGUCUGUUAAAUGACAAAAAUGUGAAUAUACAUUUAAUGACAUCAUCCAUCUCACUUGGCUUAAGCUGCGGUGGCCUUCUCGCUAAUACAUCUGAUCUGAAUCUGAAUCUGAAGGGCAUCAAGGAGAAGGAGACGGAGAUCAGCCAGCUGAAUGAGAAGAACCUGAACCUGACCAGACAGUUGGACCAGCUGGCGGUCUCCAGAGAGGAGAUUGGGAAACUCUCCCAGAUGGUCCUGCAGAAGGUAUGUAUUUUAAAAGGGCAAUAUGCAGUUCAAACAACUGUUUUGGUAAAAAAAGCUGAACGAUGGGGCUGGAGAAAUGUAAAAUCUCUCUAAAUUCAUAGACUGACCUAUGGAUGCAAGGACUGACCAUCCAUGAUAUCAGAUGUGUAGUUGAACCAUGUUUUUGAGGCUAUGUAACGUCGUCUUAUUGAAAUAUACCAUUUUUUUUUCUCUCAAGGACCUGGAGAUCCAGGCGCUGCACGCUAGAGUCUCCCUGGGGGGAGGAGGCCACAGCCAGGACAUGAUGUUUCUUCAGCAGCAGCUGCAGGCCUAUGCUGUUGAGAGAGAGCAGGUCAGAAUCACAAUCAGAAUCAACUCUAUUCGCCAAGUAGACUACAUUUAUAGUACCAGUCAAAAGUUUGGACACACCUACUCAUUCCAGGGUUUUUCUAUAUUUUUUAAAAACUAUUUUCUACAUUGGCUAUUUGAAGAAUCUCAAAUAUAAAAUGUAUUUUGAUUUGUUUAACACUUUGUUGGUUACUAUGUGAUUCCAUAUGUGUUAUUUCAUAGUUUUGAUGUCUUCACUAUUAUUCUACAAUGUAGAAAAUAAAGGAAAAACCCUUGAAUGAGUAGGUGUGUCCAAACAUUUGACUGGUAGUGUACAGUUGAAGUCGGAAGUUUACAUACACUUAGGUUGGAGUCAUUAAAAUUCGUUUUUCAACCACUCCACAAGUGUCUUGUUAACAAACUAUAGUUUUGGCAAGUCGGUUAGGACAUCUACUUUGUGCAUGACACAAGUAAUCUUUCCAACAAUUCUUUACAGACAGAUUAUUUCACUUAUAAUUCACUGUAUCAUAAUUCCAGUGGGUCAGAAGUUUACAUACACUAAGUUGACUGUGCCUUUAAACAGCUUGGAAAAUUCCAGAAAAUGAUGUCAUGGCUUUAGAAGCUUCUAAUAAGCUAAUUGACAUCAUUUGUGUCAAUUGGAGGAGUACCUGUUGAUGUAUUUCAAGGCCUACCUUCAAACUCAGUGCCUCUUUGCUUGACAUCAUGGGAAAAUCAAAAGAAAUCAGCCAAGACCUCAGAAAGAAAUUGUAGACCUCCACAAGUCUGGUUCAUCCUUGGGAGCAAUUUCCAAACACCUGAAGGUACCACGUUCAUCUAUACAAACAAUAGUAUGCAAGUAUAAACACCAUGGGACCACGCAGCCAUCAUACCGCUCAGGAAGGAGACUCAUUCUGUCUCCUAGAGAUGAACGUACUUUGGUGCGAAAAGUGCAAAUCAAUCCCAGAACAACAGCAAAGGACCAUGUGAAGAUGCUGGACGAAACAGGUACAAAAGUAUCUAUAUCCACAGUAAAACAAGUCUUAUAUCGACAUAACCUGAAAGGCCGCUCAGCAAGGAAGAAGCCACUGCUCCAAAACCACCAUAAAAAUGCCAGACUACGGUUUGCAACUGCACAUUGGGACAAAGAUCGUACUUUUUGGAGAAAUGUCCUCUGGUCUGAUUAAACAAAAAUAGAACUGUUUGGCCAUAAUGACCAUCAUUAUGUUUGGAGGAAAAAGGGGGAGCUUGCAAGCCGAAGAACCCCAUCCCAACCGUGAAGCACGGGGGUGGCAGCAUCAUGCUGUGGGGAUGCUUUGCUGCAGGAGGGACUGGUGCACUUCACAAAAUAGAUGGCAUCAUGAGGAAGGAAAAUUAUGUGGAUAUAUUGAAGCAACAUCUCAAGACAUCAGUCAGGAUGUUAAAGCUUGGUCGCAAAUGGGUCUUCCAAAUGGACAAUGACCCCAAGCAUACUUCCAAAGUUGUGGCAAAAUGGCUUAAGGACAACAAAGUCAAGGAAUUGGAGUGGCCAUCACAAAGCCCUGACCUCAAUCCUAUAGAAAAUGUGUGGGCAGAACUGAAAAAGCGUGUGCGAGCAAGGAGACCUACAAGCCUGACUCAGUUACACCAGCUCUGUCAGGAGGAAUGGGCCAAAAUUCACCCAACUUAUUGUGGAAAACUUGUGGAAGGCUACCCGAAACGUUUGACCCAAGUUAAACAAUUUAAAGGCAAUGCUACCAAAUACUAAUUGAGUGUAUGUAAACUUCUGACCCACUGGGAAUGUGAUGAAAGAAAUAAAAGCUCAAAUAAAUAAUUCUCUCUACUAUUAUUCUGACAUUUCACAUUCUUAAAAUAAAGUGGUGAUCCUAACUGCCCCAAGACAGGGAAUUUUUACUAGGAUUAAAUGUCAGGAAUUGUGAAAAACUGAGUUUAAAUGUAUUUGGCUAAAGUGUAUGUAAACUUCCGACUUCAACUGUAGAUGUAGUAAUAGUCUACAUACAGUAUAUAGUAUAGAUGUAGUAGUCUACAUACAAUAUAUAGUAUAUAUGUAGUAGUCUACAUACAGUAUAUAGUAUAGAUGUAGUAGUAAUAGUCUACAUACAGUAUAUAGUAUAGAUGUAGUAGUCUACAUACAGUAUAUAGUAUAGAUGUAGUAGUCUACAUACAGUAUAUAGUAUAGAUGUAGUAGUAAUAGUCUACAUACAGUAUAUAGUAUAUAUGUAGUAGUCUACAUACAGUAUAUAGUAUAGAUGUAGUAGUCUACAUACAGUAUAUAAUAUAGAUGUAGUAGUCUACAUACAGUAUAUAGUAUAGAUGUAGUAGUCUACAUACAGUAUAUAGUAUAUAUGUAGUAAUAGUCUACAUACAGUAUAUAAUAUAGAUGUAGUAGUCUACAUACAGUAUAUAGUAUAUAUGUAGUAUUAGUCUACAUACAGUAUAUAGUAUAGAUGUAGUAUUAGUCUACAUACAGUAUAUAGUAUAGAUGUAGUAGUCUACAUACAGUAUAUAAUAUAGAUGUAGUAGUCUACAUACAGUAUAUAGUAUAGAUGUAGUAGUCUACAUACAGUAUAUAAUAUAGAUGUAGUAGUAAUAGUCUACAUACAGUAUAUAGUAUAGAUGUAGUAGUCUACAUACAGUAUAUAGUAUAUAUGUAGUAAUAGUCUACAUACAGUAUAUAAUAUAGAUGUAGUAGUCUACAUACAGUAUAUAGUAUAGAUGUAGUAGUCUACAUACAGUAUAUAGUAUAUAUGUAGUAUUAGUCUACAUACAGUAUAUAUUAUAGAUGUAGUAUUAGUCUACAUACAGUAUAUAGUAUAGAUGUAGUAGUCUACAUACAGUAUAUAAUAUAGAUGUAGUAGUCUACAUACAGUAUAUAGUAUAGAUGUAGUAGUCUACAUACAGUAUAUAAUAUAGAUGUAGUAGUAAUAGUCUACAUACAGUAUAUAGUAUAUAUGUAGUAGUCUACAUACAGUAUAUAAUAUAGAUGUAGUAGUCUACAUACAGUAUGUAGUAUAUAUGUAGUAGUCUACAUACAGUAUAUAAUAUAGAUGUAGUAGUAAUAGUCUACAUACAGUAUAUAAUAUAGAUGUAGUAGUCUACAUACAGUAUAUAGUAUAGAUGUAGUAGUCUACAUACAGUAUAUAGUAUAUAUGUAGUAGUCUACAUACAGUAUAUAAUAUAGAUGUAGUAGUCUACAUACAGUAUAUAAUAUAGAUGUAGUAGUCUACAUACAGUAUAUAGUAUAGAUGUAGUAGUCUACAUACAGUAUAUAGUAUAUAUGUAGUAUUAGUCUACAUACAGUAUAUAGUAUAUAUGUAGUAGUCUACAUACAGUAUAUAAUAUAGAUGUAGUAGUCUACAUACAGUAUAUAGUAUAGAUGUAGUAGUCUACAUACAGUAUAUAGUAUAGAGUCAAAUGUAUGUAGACUUUUAAAGUAAAAUGUAUUAUUAUUAUUAUUAUGAAUGUAGGUGUUGGCGGUGCUGAAUGAGAAGACACGGGAGAACAGUCAGCUGAGAUCAGACUACCACCGCAUCAUGGACAUCGUAGCAGGGAAGGAGGCUGUGCUCCUCAAGGUCCAGCAGGAGAACCAGCGGCUGUCCACCAUGUCAGACCCCUCAGGGAGCCAGGAGAUGUUCAGAGAGACCAUCCAGAACCUGUCCCGGAUCAUCAGGUGUAGUUGUGUUGUAAUAUUUGGUGGCCAAAAAGACAGUAGCUCAGUUGGUAGAGCAAGGCGCUUGCAACAGGAUAGUGGGUUUGAUUCCCGGGACCAUCCAUCCAUACGUAAAGUAUGUAUGCGUGCAUGACUAACUGUAAGUUCAUUUGGAUAAAAGUGUCCGAUAAAUGAUAUAUAUUGUUGUGUUUUGGUGCCAUCAUGCCCCUUUUUCUAGUGUACUGUUCUCUACUUGGUAAUAGCAUGUAUCUAUUUGCCGUUUUAUGCUUUUCUAGUGUAAAUAAUAAUAAUAAUAAUAAUAAUAAGCCAUUUAGCAGACGCUUUUAUCCAAAGCGACAUACAGUCAUGUGCGCAUACAUUUUUACGUCCCGGGGAUCGAACCCACUACCCCUGGCGUUACAAGCGCCAUGCUCUACCAAUUGAGCUACAGAUGAUCAUUGAGUAUCUCGAAAGGUGCAAAUACAAUUUAUUCUUCUUCUUCUUCUUCUUCGUCUUCUUCAUCUUCAUCAUCAUCAGAGAGAAGGACAUUGAGAUCGACGCGCUGACCCAGAAGUGCCACACCCUGGUCUCGGUACUGCAGGCAGGAGACUCUGGCGGAGUCAGCUCCAACCAGUUUGAAGAGCUGCUACAGGAGAGGGACACCUUGAAACAGCAGGUAAGAUAAUAUAUUAGCAUUACACUGAAACAGCAGGUAAGAUAAGAUAUUAGCAUUACACUGAAGCAGCAGGUAAGAUAAGAUAUUAGCAUUACACUGUAACAGCAGGUAAGAUAAGAUAUUAGCAUUACACUGACACAGCAGGUAAGAUAAGAUAUUAGCAUUACACUGAAACAGCAGGUAAGAUAAGAUAUUAGCAUUACACUGAAACAGCAGGUAAGAUAAGAUAUUAGCAUUACACUGAAGCAGCAGGUAAGAUAAGAUAUUAGCAUUACACUGUAACAGCAGGUAAGAUAAGAUAUUAGCAUUACACUGACACAGCAGGUAAGAUAAGAUAUUAGCAUUACACUGACACAGCAGGUAAGAUAAGAUAUUAGCAUUACACUGUAACAGCAGGUAAGAUAAGAUAUUAGCAUUACACUGAAACAGCAGGUAAGAUAAGAUAUUAGCAUUACACUGAAACAGCAGGUAAGAUAAGAUAUUAGCAUUACACUGAAACAGCAGGUAAGAUAAGAUAUUAGCAUUACACUGAAACAGCAGGUAAGAUAAGAUAUUAGCAUUACACUGAAACAGCAGGUAAGAUAAGAUAUUAGCAUUACACUGACACAGCAGGUAAGAUAAGAUAUUAGCAUUACACUGAAACAGCAGGUAAGAUAAGAUAUUAGCAUUACACUGAAACAGCAGGUAAGAUAAGAUAUUAGCAUUACACUGAAACAGCAGGUAAGAUAAGAUAUUAGCAUUACACUGAAGCAGCAGGUAAGAUAAGAUAUUAGCAUUACACUGAAACAGCAGGUAAGAUAAGAUAUUAGCAUUACACUGAAACAGCAGGUAAGAUAUUAGCAUUACACUGAAACAGCAGGUAAGAUAAGAUAUUAGCAUUACACUGAAACAGCAGGUAAGAUAUUAGCAUUACACUGAAACAGCAGGUAAGAUAAGAUAUUAGCAUUACACUGAAACAGCAGGUAAGAUAAGAUAUUAGCAUUACACUGAAACAGCAGGUAAGAUAAGAUAUUAGCAUUACACUGAAACAGCAGGUAAGAUAAGAUAUUAGCAUUACACUGAAACAGCAGGUAAGAUAAGAUAUUAGCAUUUUAUUGUCUGUUUUUACAGAACUGUGCCUUGUGUCAUAAAACCUUACAAGGACAUAAAAAAUGAUUCACAUCACAGAUGAGGAAUCACUGUUUAUAGUGCAAUUCCGUGCAUAAAGGUGGGUCUAAUUUAGCUGUGUCUAAUGUAUAUAUUGUAAUGUAUCCAGGUGAAGAAGAUGGAGGAGUGGAAGAUGCAGGUGAUCACCACGGUAAAGAACAUGCAGCAUGAAUCAGCCCAGCUGGUAGAGGAACUCCACAAGUUACAGGGACAGGUAACCAGAAUAAUAUAUUAGAAUAAUUAAUGAUUAUCUAACGUAAUGAUAAUGAGUCUGCCCAGCAGUAAUGAUGUUGAGAUAAAGUACUGACGUCCAAUAAGCUAUCCUCCUACUGGCCUGUCAUAAAAGGUUUUUCGAACAAGUUACAGUUAUGAACGGUAGCUUAUUUCCUAAAUAUUCUAGCCUACAAAGGUGUUGUCCUGAAGUUGUUGUGGCUUUCAAAAAAUACCAAGAAUGAAAGUCUAUAGCCUUGGGAUAGGCUAUUCUCAAUCACAGCUUUAUGAGAGACAGAACAAACGAUAUCAUUUAUUUUUCUAUUUUAUGAGGGGAAAUUAAAGAAAUGAUUAUCCAGUUCUGAAGAUGAUAGAGGGCUUUUAUCCAGCCCAUGAUGUAGCCUUAUAACCUAGCUCACUACGGGAAGACGGCCUUAUAACCUAGCUCACUACGGGAAGACAGCCUUAUAACCUAGCUCACUACGGGAAGACAGCCUUAUAACCUAGCUCACUACGGGAAGACAGCCUUAUAACCUAGCUCACUACGGGAAGACGGCCUUAUAACCUAGCUCACUACGGGAAGACGGCCUUAUAACCUAGCUCACUACGGGAAGACAGCCUUAUAACCUAGCUCACUACGGGAAGACAGCCUUAUAACCUAGCUCACUACGGAAGACCCUAACCUAGCUCACUACGGGAAGACAGCCUUAUAACCUAGCUCACUACGGGAAGACAGCCUUAUAACCUAGCUCACUACGGGAAGACAGCCUUAUAACCUAGCUCACUACGGGAAGACGGCCUUAUAACCUAGCUCACUAUGGGAAGACAGCCUUAUAACCUAGCUCACUACGGGAAGACGGCCUUAUAACCUAGCUCACUACGGGUAAGACGGCCUUAUAACCUAGCUCACUACGGUAAGACGGCCUUAUAACCUAGCUCACUACGGGAAGACGGCCUUAUAACCUAGCUCACUACGGGAAGACGGCCUUAUAAACCUAGCUCACUACGGGAAGACAGCCUAUAACCUAGCUCACUACGGGAUAGACGGCCUUAUAACCUAGCUCACUACGGAAGACAGCCUUAUAACCUAGCUCACUACGGGAAGACAGCCUUAUAACCUAGCUCACUACGGGAAACAGCCUUAUAACCUAGCUCACUACGGGAAGACAGCCUUAUAACCUAGCUCACUACGGGAAGACGGCCUUAUAACCUAGCUCACUACGGGAAGACAGCCUUAUAACCUAGCUCACUACGGGAAGACAGCCUUAUAACCUAGCUCACUACGGGAAGACGGCCUUAUAACCUAGCUCACUACGGGAAGACAGCCUUAUAACCUAGCUCACUACGGGAAGACAGCCUUAUAACCUAGCUCACUACGGGAAGACAGCCUUAUAACCUAGCUCACUACGGGAAGACGGCCUUAUAACCUAGCUCACUACGGGAAGACAGCCUUAUAACCUAGCUCACUACGGGAAGACGGCCUUAUAACCUAGCUCACUACGGAAGACGGCCUUAUAACCUAGCUCACUACGGGAAGACAGCCUUAUAACCUAGCUCACUACGGGAAGACAGCCUUAUAACCUAGCUCACUACGGGAAGACGGCCUUAUAACCUAGCUCACUACGGGAAGACGGCCUUAUAACCUAGCUCACUACGGGAAGACGGCCUUAUAACCUAGCUCACUACGGGAAGACAGCCUUAUAAACCUAGCUCACUACGGGAAGACAGCCUUAUAACCUAGCUCACUACGGGAAGACGGCCUUAUAACCUAGCUCACUACGGGAAGACGGCCUUAUAACCUAGCUCACUACGGGAAGACAGCCUUAUAACCUAGCUCACUACGGGAAGACGGCCUUAUAACCUAGCUCACUACGGGAAGACAGCCUUAUAACCUAGCUCACUACGGGAAGACAGCCUUAUAACCUAGCUCACUACGGGAAGACAGCCUUAUAACCUAGCUCACUACGGGAAGACAGCCUUAUAACCUAGCUCACUACGGUAAGACAGCCUUAUAACCUAGCUCACUACGGGAAGACAGCCUUAUAACCUAGCUCACUACGGGAAGACAGCCUUAUAACCUAGCUCACUACGGGAAGACAGCCUUAUAACCUAGCUCACUACGGUAAGACAGCCUGUUCCUCAUCAGACGGCGACUGCUCCAUCGUGCGUGCGCCGCAGACAGACAGACCUGUUCUUCUCCUCCACCAGAAAGGAUGUCUUUCACCAACAUUAUCUUUUGUCAUGUUUUAGCUGAGUUUUCUGUUUAGUUUUUUUUGGGGGGGGUUGGCCAAUGGGGGUGAUGGCAUCAUAUUAUAUCACAACCCAAUGUGAAGUGUCCAGCCCGCUGGACCUACUAGUGAUUGUCAUUCCGAAGCCUUAUUGGGAUGAAAUAAGGGACUGUUUUUGCUCUAAUCCUAGGUGGAUGCAGACAACGACUGCACCUCCAAUCUCUCCGUGGACUACAGCCGUCUGAUCCACAGCUAUGAGCAGAAGGAGAAGAAGCUGGGGAGUCUCAGUCAUGAGCUAGCCAACGUCCAACAGACCAUCAGCCAGCUGAGCAGCACUAAAGAUGUCCUCCUGGGGAAACUGGACAGUGUGGCCCAGAGUCCUGAAGUCACCACGCUGUCUGCUGCCCAGCUUCCUGCUGCAGUAGAACCUCCCAGAGACCAGGUGGCAGCACCACCUCCAGGGAACCAGGAGGGACUGAGACAGGAGCUGGAGUCUCUGAGAGCCCUCCUGUCUGAGAGGGAAACUAUGAUCAGGACCCUGCAGGAGAACAACCACCGCCUGUCUAACUCAGCCCAGGCGUCAGAGAGCGAGCAGCGCGGCCAGGCCGACGAGGCCAGACAGGUCAGAGAGAGACUGGACGCUCUGCAGCGCUCUGUCAGGGAGAAAGACCUGCUCAUCAAGACUAAAGGAGAUCAACUCAACCAGGUGUGUGUGUGUGUGUGUGUGUGUGUGUGUGUGUGUGUGUGUGAGGAAGGCACAGCGGGUGCGCUAUUAAGACAUGUAACUUUAAAAAAAAAAAUCUUAUUAAACAAAGCUUCAAUUACAACUGAAUCAAGUGAGUAAUGACCCCUUCAUUAGAAUGAGUACAACUGUCAAUUCAGGUCAAUUAUGUCAUAAUGGGUUGUCGUGACGUGACUUUCAUUAAUAUGAUGACUGUUAUUUAUCGAAUCAACUAACUAUGUUUAAUUGUUACUCUUAUUAAAUGAAUCAUGUAACAAUUAACUCAUUAGGAUUUGGGGCACCACGGAAUAAGUUGUUUAUAGAGUUAUCAUCUGCUGAAUUAAACUCUAAAAGGUCUUUACCUAUCAAUAUGUAUAAAACAGUCAACGUUAUCAGUCAUUACCUCUUAUCAGUCGUCAUUCUGAACGGUCGUAGACUUCUUGGAUCUGCACAAACCCCAACUUUACUUAUCAUUCAACACUACACAAACUGGCUUAAUUAUUUAUUUACUAGCUAACUAAAUAAUAACACAGAAUACAUACAUAAUACAUGAGAAAAAGUCCCUAGCGGACUAACAGCAGCACGACUGCUUGGUUAUCAAAAGAGGGAGGGGUCAAUAGAAGGAGGGACAAAAUGAGAGAGUCUCAUUGUUGAGACAUUUGGAAGCCCUCAAAGUAAUCGUAAUACUUAGCACCCUAACCACCGCCCGUUCGGAGUAAGAAACCAACGAAUGUAUUUACGUGUUUGCCGCUCGUCAACCUCAGUAGACCCAAGCCCUCUUGGGAAAGGAUGGUUUUAGCUGGGUCUUCGCUCAGCUCACUUGUGAGGCUCUGACUGUCCACCAGAGGUCGCAAUGUCCUCCUUCUUUGUUCUGGCCCCGUGUAACUCAGUUGGUAGAGCAUGGCGUUUGCAACGCCAGGGUUGUGGGUUCGAUUUCCCACGGGGGAGGGGGCCAGUAUGAAAAAUGUAUGCACUCACUUAACUGUAAGUCGCUCUGGAUAAGAGCGUCUGCUAAAAUGACUAAAAAAUGUGGAUGUAGUGGAGUGUACUCAGAGCAGAUAUUCGGUGAUGGUCUGAGAUGGGAUUUUCUCCUUCCCACCUCGUGUCUUUAGUCAAAGUUCUAGAACGCUUUACACCGCCAGGACAGCGGAGUCACUCACCACCUUCCGGAGACAUUUGAAACCCCACCUCUUUAAGGAAUACCCCCCCCCCCCCCCCCAAAAAAAUUUUUUUUUAAAGUGGUUAUCCCACUGGCUAUAGGGUGAAUGCACCAAUUUGUAAGUCGCUAUGGAUAAGAGCGUCUGCUAAAUGACGUAUAUGUGCCCUUGAGCAAGGCACUUAACCCUAAUUGCUCCUGUAAGUCGCUCUGGAUAAGAGCGUCUGCUAAAUGACUAAAAUGUAAAAUGUAAAAAAUGUACACGCCCAGCUGGCAACGUUCUGGUCUAGUGGGUUUAUCGUCUUCUCCUCGUGUUGGGAUUCAAAGUUCUAACCGUUUCAAACGUGUGGACUACCGUCUCCACGCUUUAUGGUCUUUCUGGUCUAACCAUUUUUAAGCCGUGUAGCCACGGCUCCACACCACUUUCUGGUCUAAUGUAAAUUUCGUUACCAAGGCUUUUUAUGCACUCUGGUGAAAGGGGCGUUCCUACUUGCUGACACGGACUCUGAGCUCACUCAGGGGGGCGUGUCUAGUCACCGUCGCAUAGCUUAUAUAAAAACCUAUGAUCUCGUUAGAAAACUAAAAUCACAUUCCUAUCUUAACAAAAAUACUAUUGUAAUUCUCCAUAUUAUAUACACAACAUAUUGGAUGUAAACUUGACAGAUAAAAUGUGUAUACUUUCCAAAUUACAGUAUUAUUGUUUUAACAUUUUUAAUGACAUCACAAAAUAAUAAACAAUAUGACAUGAUUAGUCUUUAGAUCCCCACUGGCCAUUCCAAACAUUCGGAUGUUAGGAAUAUUGUUCCAGUGUUUACUUUUUGGACUUAAACGUUUUGGCGGCAAAAGUAUUCUGGAGACAAAGCACAUUCCUUUCACCAUACUAGAGGGCCAGAGAUAGAUUCUCCCCCUCUCUAAUUUAUGGCAGAGUGUUAAGGUGUCAAAACCAGCACAGCCCCCCCCCCCCCUCCCCUCUUCUGUGGGUAAGAGGGUCUGGUUGUUGUCAGCCAUUUGCCAAAGCUGAUCUUAGGCCUUUGAGCCUCAGCCAGGAGAUUCAGCCAGGAGAUUCAUGACAGUGUGGACUGGCAGCCAUUUUGAGUGUCCACAUAGGUGCAAAACAGGACGUUCAAGCAGGCAUUCAAUCUGUGCAUCUGUUCAUUUCUCCAGGUGAGUGAGAGCCUGAGGAACCGUGAAAGCGACAACGAGGUGUUAAAACAGGCCGUGACCAACCUGAAGGAGCGAGCCCUUAUCCUGGAGAUGGAUACCAGGAAGCUAAAGGUAGGUAGCCCAGCGGCUAAGGAGUUAAACCUGUAGCCGAAAGGUAGCCAGUUCGAAUCCUGGGCUGGGUGCUAAAAAAAAAAGGGGGAAAUUGAUCUGGCAACUGGAGGGCUGCUAAGUUCACAUCCUAAAUACAUUUCUCUAUCAUUGGGUUCUUGAGCAAGGCCCUUAACCCCACAACAUGCUCUCCAUCCAGCGGCUUCUGCUUGUCUCAAAUGUAUGUGUGCUGUCUGGAGGGAAGAUACAUUUCCGUUGUUGGCUGAAACCUGGACAAUAAAGUGACUGUAUUGUGUUGAAGGAUGAGAACGAGGCUGUGGCCCAGCGGAGCAGGGAGAAGGAGUCAGAGUUCAGAGCCCUGCAGGAGACCAACAUGCAGGUGUCCCUCCUCAUGAGGGAGAAGGAGUUUGAGAGGAGCGCCAUGUCGGAGAAGGCUGCCGCCAUGGAGAAGAUGCUCAAGGACAGAGAACAGGUUAGGAUGUUUGUACUGUGCAACAUCAGUUAAUGUAAACUACCAACAAACUAUUUUUCUGGGAAUAAUGAUCAUUUGAGACUUGUAAUGCCAUAACUCACAUCCUUUAUUUAGGAAUAGAUAACAGAUCUAGUUGAGGAGGACAGAGAAAUGCGAUCACAGUAAAAUAGGCUAUUAAAUAGUUUAAAUAAAUUGAGAAACACUCGGUUGAAUCUUUUCACAAACAGAUCAAAAUGGUUGUAUUCUUUCCUGACCCUUCCAUUGCUGUUUCACAAACUGAUAAUUUGCAUGACCCUGUAAAACAACACAUUUCACUGCACCUAUCCGGUGUAUGUGACAAUAUUUAUAUUUUUUUUACCUGACCGUUCCAUUGCGGUGUCCCAUUGCAACAGUCAGAAGGCCCGGGAAGCAGAACCAGCUGAUUGAUUGAUUGAUUUUAUUUAUAUGUUUCCCAGGGCAACAGUCAAAAGUCUGGGGAGCUGAACCAGCUCCUGAAUGAGCUGAGGUCCAUGCAGGAGAAAGCUGUGGCCUUCCAGCAGGAGAGGGACCAGGUCAUGUUGGCGCUCAAACAGAAACAGAUGGAGACCACAGCCGUACAGACAGAG